AUGGAUGUCGAGCUUAACGAGGUUGAGAUAGUGUUUGCUCAGAAGUUGGCUUCUGGUGAGCCGAUCACACGCCGACGAGCCUUCCGCACUCUCUUAAUGCAAGUAGCUGGUUUAGAGUUCGAGAGUGGUGCCAUGCUUCACCUCAGCAAAGGAUUGCAUUACGCAAUGUGGAUGCAGGAUAAGAUGCUAUGGCAGGAGCAGCUCGCUGAUAAUAUCGCCUCGUUGCUCACCCGAUUUGUUCGGGAAAGCGAGUCAGCACUGUUCGUCAAGUGUAUGCUAAUUUGCUUAUCGCAUGAAUGGCCUCGGAUUGAUCGCUGGAGAAUGGACAAAUUUUUGAUGCUAAUGCGCCGACUUGUACGUACACUUUUUUCGUAUCUUCGAUCAAAGGACUGGGAACCGUCACUUACCAAUAUGUAUAUCACCGCUCUCAAGGGAUGUGUAAUUUCAAGUGGUUUGGGACUGAAAUUUCAUUUUGCCUCCAUUUAUCUGGACGAGCUCGAUGCCGCUGGCGGUCUGAGUGCGGAUCAGGUAACUGAGAUGUUGAAACCGUUUGCAGAGCUGCUUGCUGACGGGACGUUAUCGAACUAUCUUUUUAAUUCAUUUCUGCAAGAAAUAUUUGUCACAAUUUUGCAUCAUUAUGCAGAAGCAAGAGCGAUGAAAAGCGCGAAAGAUCACAGGGUGCUGGAAGAAAGUGCCAGCAGUGUGCCGAUCAAGUUCAAUUAUGCGGCCAUCAGUCAGUUACUGCUUGAAACCGGGAAAAGCCCAAGUGUAAGAAGUGCUCGUAGAAAACAACUAUAUGCUGUUGCCAAAAAAUUCAAAGCAGUGGAAGGCGGUGAGGAGCCGUUUGUGAUGGCAACAAAAAAGCAAACCAGGUUGAAAGCGAAAUUACCCAGAGCUGAAGUCGUUAAUGCCGUUACGCGUCUCCUGAAUGAACAGGCCAAGGACAAGUCACCCAAAAAGAGGGCAAAACUAAGUGUGAAAAGAAAAACUGUUGUGAGGAAAACACCUAAAAAGGUGGCGGCUGUUAGUGAUCGAAAAAAAGAAAGAGCAGGGAUCAAACCGUUAAAGCUUCGAAGAACAUGCAAAAAAUGUAAGUCGAAAGAGAAGCAGGAAGGAAAGUGA